UACUUUUUUUUUUAUCCCCAAAAAGUCUAGGGUUUACAGAACAAUCUCGAAUUUUACCAAAUGACAAAAGACCCAUUUUCUUAAUAUUAUUUUAUUCCACCCCUUCUUUUAUUAUUCCCCAUUCUCUCUAUAUAUUCUGUAACACACAAUUUACACACACAUUACAUUACUACUGUUUUAUUUUCAAGAAAACCCCGUUUUCGAGAUUUCAGAGCUUGAUUCCAUGGCAAAGACCAGACCAGGCAAAAGGGACUUGGAGUCUUACACCAUCAGAAGCACCAACAAAGUUGUAAGAGCUGGAGAUUGUGUUCUCAUGAAAUCAUCUGAACCUGAUAAACGGCCAUAUGUUGCUCGUGUUGAAAAAAUUGAAUCUGAUACUGGGGGUAACGUUAUGGUCAAAGUCAGAUGGUACUAUAGGCCAGAGGAGGCAAGUGGGGGAAGGCGACAGUUCCAUGGCGCGAAGGAAUUGUUUUUGUCUGACCACUAUGACAUUCAGAGUGCCUACACAAUUGAAGGGAAGUGCAUUGUGCACUCCUUUAAGGACUACACCAAGCUUGAAGAUGUAGGUGCUGAGGAUUACUACUCACGAUUUGAGUAUAAAGCUGCUACUAAAGAAUUCACACCUGAUCGUGUUGCAGUUUACUGCAAAUGCGAGAUGCCUUAUAAUCCGGAUGAUUUGAUGAUACAGUGUGAUGACUGCAAAGACUGGUUUCAUCCUGGCUGUGUGAAAUUGACUACUGCGCAAGCAAAGCAGUUAAGUAACUACCUGUGUGAUGAAUGUUCUCCUGAACAAAAUGGGAAGGACUCUUCUGGCCAGGUAGCCAGCAAACGCCGAAGGACCUGAGCUUUGUUGGUUAGCUGUGGUCUGCUGGUUGGAAGAAGCAGCUGGUUUAUCCCAUAUUUUGUUUUCUCAAAUGAAUGACUGUAAUGGUGCACUGUUUCUAGCUGCUUAGGUUGGUUUUUCGCAAUUGAUCAACUUUAUUUCGUUAUGUUAUGGAAUUGACUAGUAUCCUUAGAUUUUUGUUCAUGAUAGGCAAUUUUCAAUCCAAAUAUUAUUGGAAAGCAAUCUUAUGCCACCAAACAUGACAUUCAACUUUCACUGUGAGAUAUAUUUAAUGACUACGAGAUGGGAAA